AUGGCAAAGCUCACUGAUGAUGCCGACUACGAUGCCGGCGAAACGUUAGAGAAUGUACCAAGUCCAUUGUCGGAUACUGGAAAUCAUGACAACUACUAUGGCAGACGACUUCGGACUAGGUGCGUUCUACAAAGUCUCCCUGAAAACAAGACCGAGUUGCGACAACGAGGUCAACUCACUUCCAAAAAUGUUGUAGUUUACUUGUUUUGA